CACCUCAUAAGUUUUUUUUUCUUUUUUUUGGUAAAAUGUUAAAUUAUUAUACCAGUUUUCGAAUUUGAAACAAACGUUACAAAGUAAACAAGUAGCGGAAUGCGAAAACGAAACUAAACAAAGAAACCUAAACUGAAUGAGACAAACUAGUAGAUAGCCGGACAAAGUCUAAGAACCCGAUUCGUUGCGAGUCAAGCUCGAACCUAAACACCUCAUAAGUUUUAUCGUACCCUUUAUAUAUAUGGUAAAAGGAAAACGUACAUCAAGAAGUAGGUCCUCCGUAUAAAAGGCGUCUCAUCUCAUAUGGUUUUUAUUUUCUUAAUGUAGCGCAGGACGUGUUAAAAGAAGGUAGUGAACGGUAAAUUCGAACAGAACAUGUUCCAAGAGAUAGUGGCAGGUGCCUUUUAUAAAAGGAGAUGAUAACACGCGACGUGUUACGAAAAAAAAAAAAAGAAGAUGAUAACACGCGACAAUAUCCCAACGGUAGAACAGGUCGACGUCAGCUGGAUGGUUCAGAAUGUUGGCCCGCAGCUUCUACCCGUCCCGUUGUUUUUGAAAAUCGGUCCUGAGAUAUGCUUCUAUUAUUUAAUCUGAUUGGAGAGUGGAGACUAAUUAUUUCCUCUAUUAUUUAGUCUGAUUGAAGACUAAUUAUUUAUCUGUUUAUUGGUCAAUAUAUAAGGAAAUAUUAUUACAAAACAUCCUCUCUUUUCUUUGACAAAAUAAACAUCCUAUAUUAUCCCCUAUUUAUUCUUGGGAAAUUGCACCCUAUAUACAUAGAAAAAACUUAAAUACACUAACUAACCAAAAUUCUCUCUUCUCUCCUACUUUAUCUUUUUAUCUCUCUCUACUCUCUCUCCCAAAAUCUAAUUUUCAUUUUUUUUUUGUUAUUUGGCAAAUAAGCCUUUUAUUCUUUUGUUCAGAAGGACCGGCACCAAAAAAUUAUCCGUCGUAAAUCUGUUUAUUUAUUUAAUUUAAUAAUAAAAGGAGAAUACGGGACAUAUCAUAUUUACGUCGUACGUGAUUUUUUUUAACAUUGCGAUAUUAUUAUUAUUCUUUUGCUAACAACAUCGUGAUUUUUUUUUAGUGAAUUAAUCACAAUGUUCAGUGUCCGGCAACUAAUGUCAACUGACUAUUCUUUGGAUUCUAAGAGUGCAAUAUAAAAUUAUCUGGUGGUUAACGGAGAUCAAACUGUUGGUGUUGUCCCUCAAAUAGUCAAGUGUCAAUAGUCCAAUGCCCACUGGUUAAUUAUGGUGAUUUUUUUCAAUAGGUAUAACCAUGCAAAGCAUGAUGAAUUAGAGUAUUCGGGAACUAAUAUUAUUACCAGGGUCGGCUUAGAUAGGAGGGCAAGCGGUGCGAUCGUUUCGGAUCCAAUCUAUUGCCUCCUAUUUCUUAAUAGACAAGGAUCUGAUUUUUUUAAAAAAAAAAAUACAUGUAUUUUUAUAUUAAGAAUAAGAAAAAAGAUCCAAAUUUUUUUAUAUGAAAAUAUUUUUUUUUAUUUUUAAAAUUUUAUUUAUAAAAAUACUUCUAGUAUUUUGAAAAAUAAAAUAUCUAUCAGAUUUUUUUCAAGAAAAAUAAUAGUUUGGAAAUUAAAUUUUUUUUUUGUUCCAGGGCCCAUGACACCAUUGAACUAGCCUGAUUAUUACAAAAUGUAAAUGAAAUCAACGAGUUGGGAAAUAGAUGUCUUAUGAAUUACUGCAAGUCUGCAAUGCAUGCCUGCAUGGUCGACGACUCGAGUAUAUACCUGCCAUGAAAAUGUUGUUGGGCUUUUCCUUACUUAUAUCAGUCCAUAUAUUAUGAACUUAACACCUACGUGACAUUAAGAAGCCCGUACGAGCAUAUUUAAUUAUAGGUUUCCAGUGGAAUAGUCCAUGUUCCAAAUUACAUUACGCGUGAGUUGGACCGUCAGCGUGGAUAAUUGAUUAAAUAUCGAAGAUUAAUCGGAUAUUAGUUUUGAGUAUGUAUAAAAUUUUGCGUAUGUAUGCAUAUUAGGCUAUUUUCGGAAAAAAAAAACAAUGAAAUCACAUUGGCCUGGUGGCUAUUACAGUUGAUUGUAAUGUUUAGGAUAUAUUUCUUUGACAAAACUUUUUAUUGCAAUCCAGUAAUAUACAACCAUACAAAUUACAAUCAUCGCAACACAAACAACUUUUCCGAACAUAUUUGAUUCAUCUUUGAAAGAUUCAGUGGUGGAACAUAUAUAUUUGAAGAAUAAUAAAUCAGCAGAGCAUUGUAAAGAGUCCGGUGAGCAAGAGGAAACCAAGUUAACUGGUCUAGGAGAGUAGGUUGCCAAGGGGGAGAGAAACAUUGGACCGCAUGCCACUGUAACUAUUUAAAAAAAAAAUUCUUUUUUUUUUAGUUAGCUUCGUCUGAACGAUUUUGUAAAUAAAUGUUUGGGAUUGCACGACAAAUUCACAUUUGCCAUAAAUAUAAUGAAGAAGGAACUCUCGCUUUCCUGAUAAGGCAUUUCAGUCGGGUGUUGGUGGUAUUUUCAGAAAGGGUUAAAUUUAACCCAACAAUUAAAAAAUGGGCCUUUAGACGAGGCCCAGUAACUAGUACAUGUCCGAACGUUUUUCUUGGGACAGGCAAUUUGUUUUUAGUUUAAGAGACAAAGAUGACAGAAGAGGGUGAUAGAAAACUCGUGUGCGAAUCAGCCUUUAACCUCUUUUGGUACUUUGCCUUUCUCUUUCCCUCAAAAGUCCAAACACUUGAAGAAGCAUGAACAAGUUUAGUAGUAUAAGAUUUACACAGUUGAACAAAUUAAUUAUUUAAUUUAGUUAUGAUUUAGUAUUUUUUAAAAUAUAAAGAUAGAGAGAGAGACAAAGGUUUUUGUUUCUCCUCGACGGUGUCUGUUGAGAUUCCUGAGGUUUUUUCUCUUGGAUUCCCAGAUUUAUUCAAAAAUAUAUAAUAAAAUAAAAUACUAAUUGUUUUGAAAACAGGUGAAAAUCAAAGAGAACUAAACGCCAAUUAUAGUCGAUUUAUGGUUUAGGAUUCCCAGAAUCAUCACCAUUAACGAGGCUGUAUAUAGUAUUUGUUUAUGUUUAAAAUCUUGCUUAUUUUCGUCUUCGAGCAAGAUCUAAAAAAGAAGAAUAUAGAUAGAUAAUAUAAACCUCAUUUCCAAGGUUAAACAACACAAGAAGCAUUUUGUGUAGAGCAGAGAGAGAACAGAGAAAGAAGCAACAAAACUCUCGAACUUGUGCUUUGGCUGCUACUAGUGUACAAACACACACACAAACAGGGCUUUUCUGUUCCAUCAAUGGAGAAUGCUGUCGUUAAAACAUCGAACCUUUCAGACAUCAUCUCCAAGUUCGUUAAAGUCUGCAAGUUUAGAUCCAUUGGUGUGUUCCCUGACCAUAAACCGAAUCCGAACACUCCUUCUGAUGAAGUAGUAGCAGAAGCCUUCGAAGAUAUCACUUGCAAACCCUCGAGAAAGAAGAUUCCAACUUCCCGUUGGAACGAUGAUGAUGUCUCCAAGCUGUUCGACGCUGUUUCAGCUCUUAAGCUCGCGUAUCUCGAGUUUCAACGAGCUCAUCUGCCUUACGAUCCAGACAAGAUCAUAGAAGCAGACAACCUCGUCGUCUCUCACCUCGAAACGAUACGAAGAUUCAAACGUCUCUACCUCAAAACGAAGCAGCUCCAAGCCAAGACCGAGCUUGACGCUGCUUCUUGCUUGAACCGGUUGAGAGACGAAGUGGAAGUGAACGAGAAGCAUUUGUGGGAGCUCAAGACGCAGACGAAAGCAAAGGAGAGUGAGGUUCACUCUCUCAAGGAGACACUAAACUGUUUGGUCGCAGAGAAUAACAAACUCGAAGAGAGGCUCGUGAGCGUCUCCUCCUUUGAGUUCGUGUUCAGAGCUGCUUCUAAGUCGAUACACGACUUUGCAAAGCCGUUGAUCACUCUCAUGAAAGCUACAGAAUGGAAUCUUGAGAAAGCAGUUGAAUCUAUCGUGCCUAAUGUAACGUACGCCAAGAACUCAGACAAGAAGUAUGCUUUUGAGUCGUACAUCGUUCAGAGAAUGUUCCACGGCAUGAAGCUUAUUCCUUCUGACGUGACUGAGCUGAUGAGUUUAGAUGAUCCGUUGGACGCGUUGACAGCGUUUCCAGAUUCGGCGUUUGCGAGAUUCUGCGGUCAGAAGUAUCUAUUAGUUGUUCAUCCGUUGAUGGAAGCUUCCUUCUUUGGGAAUUUAGAUAUGAGGGGGCUUGUUCUGCUUGGUAAGCAUCCAAGAACUGUGUUUUAUCGAAUCUUUGCGAAAAUGGCGAAGUGGGUAUGGGUUCUUGGAUCGUUAGCAGCUUCUUUGGAUAUAGAAGCGAAGAUCUUUGUGGUCAGAAGAGGAACCAGAUUCUCAGGUGCCUACAUGGAGUCUGUAGUGGGUGAUGAUACAAGAAAAGAGGAAGAAGGACAAGAGGAUUUGAGAGUUGAGUUUAUCACAAUGCCGGGGUUUAAGGUUGGAGAUUCAGUGUUUAAAUCCCAUGUUUAUCUUUAUCAAACAAAAAGGUGAAAAGAAAAAAGCUUUUUAGAUUUGAUUGUUAAACAUUUCUGCUUUAGUUUUGAAAGU